GAGGUUGCUGUGAAGGUGCUUACACAAAAUCUCGCGAUACUUGGAGAGGGUAUGUGAGACUACGCGGCGGAUAUCCGCUCUCUUUUCCGUGGUGGACUCCCGUACAGACGGUCCCCCAAAAUGAAGCUCAAUAUCUCCUUCCCUGCCACUGGCUGUCAGAAGCUGAUCGAAGUGGAUGAUGAGCGCAAGCUGAGGACCUUCUAUGAGAAGCGUAUGGCCACUGAGGUGGCUGCUGACCCUCUGGGUGAUGAGUGGAAGGGCUACGUGGUGCGCAUCAGUGGAGGAAACGAUAAGCAGGGCUUCCCCAUGAAGCAGGGUGUUCUGACCAACGGCCGUGUGCGUCUGCUGCUCAGCAAGGGUCACUCGUGCUACAGGCCACGUCGCACUGGAGAGCGCAAACGCAAAUCCGUCCGUGGCUGCAUCGUCGACGCUAACCUCAGCGUCCUCAACUUGGUCAUCGUCAGGAAGGGUGAGAAGGACAUCCCCGGACUGACCGACAGCACCGUGCCUCGCCGCCUGGGCCCCAAGAGAGCCAGCAAGAUCCGCAAACUCUUCAACCUGUCCAAGGAGGACGAUGUCCGGCAGUACGUGGUGCGCAGGCCCCUGACCAAGGAAGGUAAGAAGCCCAGGACCAAGGCCCCUAAGAUCCAGCGCUUGGUGACUCCCCGUGUGCUGCAGCACAAGCGCCGCCGCAUCGCCCUGAAGAGACAGAGAACACAGAAGAAUAAGGAUGAAGCUGCAGAGUACGCCAAGAUGCUGGCCAAGAGGCUGAAGGAGGCCAAAGAGAAACGUCAGGAGAAGAUCGCCAAGAGACGCCGCCUCUCCUCCCUGAGAGCCUCGCAGUCCAAAUCCGAGUCCAGCCAGAAAUAAGACUCGGUGCUUGUAGAUCAUAAAUAAAACAUCAAAAAGGUUUUGCUCAA